AAAAAACUCCAAUGAAACCACUUCUCAAAGGCUGACUAUUGUUUCUAAACAGUUUGUUUUACUAUUAAAAUCAUUCUAAACAUUCAUGCUCUAAUACUUUGUAUUUGAAAGUUUGGUACAAUUUUACUCAGUGUAACACCAGGUAGUUUGCAGUGCUUUGAAAUACUGCAGCAUUUGUUAGAGUAAAAUAUUGUGAGCUGCCAACUUUACAGUGAAAUCGUAAUUAUCUUACUUCUAUAUCAUAUUUUAUCUGAUGCUGUUACUAAAAAGCUUACAGUACUGUUGCAUGCCUGUCAAAACAGGGUAUCCUACAUGUAGGUAGUGGCGCUACCUGGGCACAGCUUGGUUACACAAGGGCCCACGCUAAAAUCCAUUGCAAGUACAGUAAUAAAAUGAUUAAUGUUUACUCUUAAAUAAUAAUUUCAAGUUAGUAUAAUAGAUUAUUAGUAUGGUACUUUGUAAGCUGUAUUUGAAUUAAUCCUUGGAUAUUCACAAUGCCUUGAGAUAUGUGUGUAUGUCUGUGUAUGUUUAUGUGUACAUUAUGUAUGACGUAUGUGUGUAUGCAAGAGUAAUGUUAAUAUCCAAUUUAUACUUUUCAGUUCAUUGGAGUGCAAAUGGAGCCUGGAUGUGUUGCAGAAGAGAUGGGGUGUAUGAACAGUGGAAAUGGUCGAGAAGAGACGGACGGUGGAAAUGGCCAAAAAGAGAUGGAAUGUAUGGAUGGUGGAAAUGGUCGAGAAGAAAUGGAUGGUGGAAAUGGUGAAGAAGAGGUGGAUGCUGUGCAUGGUGGAAACGGUGGAAAGACGGGGGGGAAAUGCCGUAGAGCAAAACACAAGUGCCCAUACACUGCUUGCAAUGCCAGUGUCAUCCACCUUCCCAGGCACAUGAAGCAGUUGCAUGGAUGGAAUAAAACUGACUCGUCUGGUGUUCUAGGAACAUUUGACUUGCGGAAAGGAAAGCCAUCGGUCAAGAAGAGAGAACACCCGAGGAAAGUAUGCCCAAAAAUUGAAUGUGGUGCCAUUGUUAGGCGGAUACAUAACCAUCUUGCCCAAGUGCACAAAAUUAAAAGAGGAAGUCCUCAAUACUUGAAGUUGGUGGAGAAGGCUGAAAACUAUUUACCUCCAGAAGAUAACAUCAGUUCCUCAGACGAAUCUUUGGUGGACAGCAGUGACUACGACCAGUUAGGAACAUUGCGGAAUAUGAAGAACCCAAGCUCAUCGAGAAAUGUUUACGAAUCUGUGUACGACAGCGAAGAUUCUGCAGACUAUAAAAGAUUCCUGAAUUCUGUUGUAAAGAGCGGUGACAAGAAAUGUGAUAAAGAUGAUGAUAAUAGGAGUCAUGAUGAGGGUAAAUAUGGUGGUGAUGGGGAUAGUGAUGAUGAAGAUGAUCUCAUUAUCCCAGCACCUGUGCACCUUGAACCUCUGUCCUCACCACCAACCUCGCCGAAACCCCUCAAUCCCUCCCCUGAUUUAUUUUCCUCUCCUGACUCACUUCCUGACCUUCCACCACGGUCGAAUCAUCCGAGUGAACCAUCCUCUGCUUCUCCCGUAGUUCAGCCUAUCUCUCCCCGGACACCUGAUUCCCUUGAUCCUAAGAAUGCUAGAGUUAUAACGUGUACAACCCCUCCCCGGCAACCAUCAUUGUCCCCCAAAUCCCCGGAGUGUAUUGUUGUGGAUGAAAUUGAAGAUCCUGAGGUCAAGCGUGAUCGUGAGAACCGUGAAGAGUCGUUGAGAGUUUUACGCUCUGUGUUUCACAAAGCUGAAGCACUAGCAUUCAAAUGUAGGUGAACCAUGCAUUGUUUUUAUUAUUUAUAAUCCGCGAACCGAGUUAAAAUCUACGCUAUCAUGGCAUAUUGGUCCGGUUGUAUAAAUCUCUUAACUGCUUUUGAACUUUUUAACUACCCGAUUGUGGUUAAAACGUAGUUAAUUUUAAUCACAUAGUUAAUUCGGUUGUAUAAAAAAGUAGUUAGCAUAUUAAAAUUGCAGUUAAAACGUGAGUUAAAGUUAACUCUGCCUUAGGGCAUUGUUAACUCUCCAAAACGUAGUGAAUAACUAUAUUUGGCAAGAUAAGCAACGCUUGCCAAGAAAUUUAGUCGUUAUCUACCCCCAGGAUGGUUUAUCUGAUGCUUGUAAACUUUUAAAACGUUGAUGCUUGUGAUGUUACUAAAACGUACUUAUUUUUUGUCGAAAACGGAAUAUGUUUUGCAUCGAAAUAGUUGUCGAUGCGGAAGAGCGAUCCAUAACAAAAGUUAAUCGACUCUAUAUUUUCACCGACAAGUUGCACUUCGACACAAUUAAGGUUUUUUCAAGAUAAAGGAAAAUAAACCUACAGUAAGGAUAGUAAAAUAGUUUGAUAUUUGGUGCAGCUUUGGCCUUUUCAGGCAUUGCAGCUACUUGUAUAUACUGUAUGCAUGGAAUGGACCCACAAUAAAUUCUACUUUUUUGGUAGUAAUGCCAAAUUAUUACAACAUUUUACACUGUAAUAAAAAAAUACUAAAAUUCAUAUUUUCCCAUAAAAUUUAGGGUCAUUAGCAGAAGAAGGCGAAGGGGAAGGCAGCCAAACCUCGUCAUCUUCAACUGGCUUUGUUCCUCCAUCGUCUCGCUCCAGAGGUGGACAAGAAAGACUAAUCACUGACAGUGAGCUUGUUCAGUUUAGAGAGUUGUUUGCUGCUUACAUAAAUUCCACGAAGCCGAUCACAACAAAAACUGCCAUAUCGAUGUUGAAAGGCAAUUCGAAUUUAAGGCAUCUUGUCAAGAAAUGUACCCCGCAACAGAUUUAUGACAAGCUGAGGACGGAAAGAAAAAUUGCCCUAAAGUCAAAGGGCCAUAGGUGACAUUUUUAAACUACUGUAUGACAUUUUGAAUACAGUUAUUAUUUGAACAAUGACAUUUUCAAGAUCAGGACAUGUUACACGAGGCAAUGUUUGCUGCAACUUUUAACGCAAUAUUGGAAAAGGGAAACGCGGGGCAUAUUUACAGUAGUACUUCAGUACGUACAUUUCGACGUAACACGGUUCUGUGCCGAAAUUGCAUUGCAAGUUGCAGCAAAAAUUGCUCUGUGUAACAUGGCCUUUAGGGAUAACAUAGUUUAUGAUUUAGGGAAAAGGUUUACUGCAUGUAUGCAUUCGUAUUAUAAAAAUUAAAGCCAGCAUAAAAUUUUUAAGAGAGGUAUAUUUAAAAAAAAUUAAUUGAUACAUACAGUUACCCUGCGAGCAGAGCCUUCUUUUCGUUUCUCUUGCUCAGGGAGAGGAAGGAAGAAAUAAGGCUCUGCAGUAUUCACGUUAUGCUUCGUCCAAAAUUCUGGACGAAGCAAACCGACCAAGGGAAACGAAAAUAAGGUUCUGCUCACAGGGUAACAUACAGUAUGUCCAAAGGCCGAUUAACUGUAUAUGAUACAAUUUGUUAUGCACAAUUGUCAUGUUCGUGUACUGUAUGUGAUAAAGUUGAACAAUAGGUCAGUAUUAGUCAUCGAGUUUAUAAUUGGUUAAACAAGGUUAAUUUCAGAUGUUUAACUUGAUUUCAUAUACACCAAAAUGACAAUUGUAUCCAACAAGCUGUAUCUUGUAAAUCGACCGAAACAUUUCAUUGUAAUUACAACAUCUUCAGAGAAUGAAGUAAUUACAGUCACAAUAUUGCACAGGUUUGAAACUUAACCUAGAAACUAAUCAACUGAUAUUCAAAACGAAAGAACGAAUAUAUACAAUAUAUGGUUUACAACAGUUAAUAUUCAACUAUUUAAGGUGAAUAUUGAAAGAGGUAUUACAAUUAACAAAUACAAUGGGGCAGAUCCUACAGUACACUGUACAUGUACUGUAUAUUGCCAUGCGGUUGGAGUUUUGAGAUCAUCAACAAGUGAUAAUCAUUAGUUGUAAUGACAAACGUCAUUUCAUUGUAUCCCACAAUGACUUUGAAAUAUAAAUUAUGUCAUAUGCAUGUAAAUAUGAAACUGAGCUGAUCCUUCGUCUUCAAGAAGCUCUUAUGAUCUCAAAACUCCGACUGUCUUUAAAUGUUAACAUUGUAUUGGUCCAUUGUAUUUGUUUUAAUACCUCUUACAAUAUUUAUUUUAGUUAUUUAGUUUGAUAUUAACUUUUGUACCCAUAUAUUUGUAUAAUAUCUUAUUGGUUGAUAAGUUCUACAUUAAGUUUAAAAACCUGUGUAAUUACUUUGAUAUUGUAAUUAGUCUCUGAAGAUGUUGUGGUUAUGACAAAACGUUUACGUUGGAUUUUAAUUUUUAUAAGAGCUGUGCUGUUUUCACAUGCAAUUUAGGCCAGGCAAUUUAUAAAGAACAUCUGAUUUACGGGAAGCUAUACUGCAAAUAUCAAACUACAGUACUGUACAGUACGUAUGCACUAAAACUGAUUUACUUUUUUAUUAAUUAAAAGGGUUUUACUUUCUAGAGUAAAAUAAUAGCACAAAACUGUAAUGUACAGCACAUAAUAAGCAUUGGAAUAUGUAUUGGGAUUUUCAUUGAAAGGGUUUCUACAUUUUAGAGUAAAAUAAUAUAUUGGAGAACUCUCUAAUGCCUUUAUAAACACAUAUGUAUACUGUAUAUAGGUUUGCCUAUAGGUUUCUUAAAAGAGUUUUUAUAGGAAACCUACAGAACUUCUACACAAUAGGAUUAAACACUUGUAUAAAUGGUUAAAUUCUACUACAGGUAAGUCAGGACUUAAGAAGAACAGGGAUUCAGACAAUAAGAUGUGACUUAGUAGAAUUUAACCAGUAUAUGAGUGUUUUUGCGUCUUAUGUAAGACGCGGUCUAUUUUCCUCCGCAUAAAUGGCCUUAAUCUGUAUAGGGAAUUGGAACAUUUCCUAUGGAAUCAUAUGGGCAAACCUCAUGGAAACACCUUCAAAUAUCACGACAGGAUUUUAUAGAAAAACUAGAUAAUUAUUUGGCAAAUUAUUAUUAAACAUUUGUUC